AUGAGCCUUUUAGGAUCUGCUUGCACCAUUCACCUCGGACGCUCGCCUUCCUCGAAAGAAUCCAAGACUUCCACAGCUACGAUGAGCGGUUCACUUCUAGAGGUACGAAGGCUAUGGCAGCCUUAUCAUUCUCAUUCCUCCUCUUCCUGCACUUCCUCGACAGAUUUACCCGCUACGGCGCACGAGAAUGGCCCGCUUUACGCCUACAUCCGCAUCAAAGAAGCCGAUCACCGCCUUAGCGGGUGGUUUCCUCUCCGACAGGUGGAAUUAAAAGAUCCGUCUUUAGUCCUUCUCGCGCAAAAACAACAACAACAGCGGUGUGAGCCUUUAUUGGCUAAUUCACCCAAUAGUUCGGAGUGUGCGCGCACUUUAUCUUCCUUUGCCAGUGAACUCAUCACCGAGCCCAUUCUCAGCUCGAUUUAUACGCAAGUCACCGCGGGGAUGGCUCGUACGCAGCGUGCAAAAAAACAACAAAACUACUUUGAAGAGCGCCUUUUACGGGAUGGCAUGACCCCGACGACGAUUCGCAAUUUUAUCUACUUGAAUCGCUUCGUCUUUCGGGCGUGGUAUUACGCGCCGUACGGGAUUUUGCACCCUGAGUAUGACCCCGUCGUGCCCGUAGGGGUCCCCCCCUCGGCGUUGUCGUCCUCUUCGGCGUUGACGGGGGAGGGGAACAAAGCCCCGGUGGGUUCGCCUAAUCCUUACAUCAAAGACGCCUUUCUCUGCCCGUUUUCGCUGCGGCUUUUCACGACGUUUGAGCAGAUGUGUUAUGAAACGCGGGCCUACCGCGGCGGCCGACUGCGCCCCCCCGGCGUCGAACUCUACCGCGAUGACCGCCGCGGGUUUUCCUUAUUCGAGCUCAACGGCAGCCAACAUCUGACCUAUUGCCGACAUCUUUUUUGCAUUGGGAAGUCGUUUUUGGAGAAUAAACUCGCGGCCCACGACGUGCAGAGCUAUUUUUUUUACGUCGUCGCUCUCCAUCACGGGCACUUUCCGCGUUAUGUCGACGACCCCGAGGCGAUGUACUUUGCUGGGUACUUCACGUGGGAGAAGCGGAUGGCGGAGUUCAACCUGGCCUGUAUUUUGACCUUACCUUGCUUUUCCGGAAAAGGGAGCGGGAGCCUCAUCCCGCCUUCGUCCUUGUCUUCUUCCUCGCCCAAUACGGCGAUUGAUGGGAAGGGGGUAAGGGAACUCGGGCCUCUUAAAGGGAUUGGGCAGUUUAUGAUUGCCGUGAGCUAUGAAUUGGCAUCCCGCCGCCAUCAAGUGGGGACCCCGGAACGGCCGUUUUCGGAUCUCGGCGCGGCCGCCUACUCGCGCUUUUGGCGAUGCCGCCUUUUUGGUUGGUUUCGCGCGCAACUGAUGAAGACCUCCACCCAUCGCAUCGCGAACGUGGAGGAAAAGACGGACAAAAAAGACGAAGGGAAGGCCGGGGGGCUUUCUAAGCGGCAGCGCGCCUCGCGGAAGCCUUCUUCAAAGCCUGCCAAACGGCGCACGUUAAAAGAAACGCCGAUUAUUAUUAGCAACUCCUCCUCCAGCGAGGCGGAAGAGGAGGAGGAGGAGGAGAGGAAUGCCCCUAAUCACCCCCACGGCGGCGGGAUGCUUCGUGUGGACGUCAGCAUCGGCGAAAUCGCCCGGGAGGUCGGCCUGGAGGAGGCGGACGUGCUCGAUACCGUCCUCCGGAUGGGGCUGAUUCAUUACGGGGCCGAAGAUCGCAGCUAUUCUUUGAUGAUUCCGCGCUCUUUUGUGGAGUGGGAGAUCGCGAGGUUAGAAAAGUGGGAAUCUAACUUGCACUGCGCGGUGUUCAACUCAAGCCUCUUGCGUACGAAGUCGUCGACGGGAGUGGGAGGCGGGCGCCAUACGUAG